GUAAAUAGGUACAAAAAAUGAUUGGCAAUCCUGAUGGAGCAUCUAGCAAUACUGCACCACAAUCAGCUGGUUGUGAUGGGUCGUGAAUAUUCGUAAAGGUGUUUUUGAUCCUGUAAAAAAGUUAAUUUAAUUACGCUUCCUGGACCUUUUAUGAGCUGACAAUGCGUUUACCGAAGUUACCUCUGUGUUCUGUCUUUUUUUUGUGUGCUCUCAGUACUAUAGCACACGCAAAUGACGUUGACAUUCCCUUAACCAAACUCGGUACAAAGACAGGACCUACUUUAAAGUUCUAUUAUUGUCGUUCCUGUGGGUACAGAAAAGUAUUUGAAGAUUUUGUCAAUAUUCUUCAACAAAAAUACCCUGAACUUCAUAUAUAUGGAGAAAACUACAAUCCCCCAGGUUACAAUAUGUUUAUUGCAAAGCUUUUGGGAGUGUCUAAAGCUUUAAUUAUGGCCCUCAUGCUGAAAGGAGUUAACAUAUUUCAAUGGGUGGGAUUGCCCCAGCCGUACUGGUGGCAAUGGUGCACCAAUAAUCGAUUGUUUGCGUGCUUGAUGCUGUUUUAUCUCAGCAACGCAAUUGAAGGGCAACUUGUUUCGUCGGGAGCAUUUGAAAUUUUAUUAAAUGAUGUUCCUGUAUGGUCGAAAUUAGAAAUUGGAAGGAUACCUCAAGUGUCGGAACUUUUUCAAAUCAUAGAUAAUCAUAUGCGCAUGUUAUUCCAAGAUGUAGAUGUCGGGAAGAUUAAUUUUAAUAAGUAAGGCAACUAAUUUAUGAAAGGAAUACUCAUUACAAUUGUACAGGUUACAACGAAAAAUACAGUGUGCCAUUGUUCCUUCUGUGCUGUGAGUAUGUGUAAACCAUCAUCAAUUAAUGCAAUUGUAAUGUGAUGUAAUUGAAACAUCACCAAAAAACUAUUGCUAUCCAAUAUAAAAUCCGGAAAAAGCAAUCAAAACAAGUCUGUCAAUUGGAGAUUGCAUUUCUAUGACUCAGUCUCAGAAAAUUGACCAAGUGAGAAAUGCAUUCUUUUGAUUUAUGUUCAGACUGUUGAGUAUGAUGAGUUUGAUGUUGUGCUUUGUACUAUAUCGAACAGAUUAAGAUUGUACACAUGUAUAUUUCUAAAAAUCAGUGAACAACUACAUGUACGUACGGAAGACAGGUUGUGUCAAGGACUAAACACAUAACGUGUAAAUGAAUUCAUUCCAAUACAUUUGUCUGUAUGAAAGCAUUGAAAAUACACUAGUUAUCCCACUUUGGCAUUGUAUCAUAUUGAACUGAGUGGUGUAGCUAAUGUAAAAUAUUUUCUUUUGUAGUAAAUAUAACUAAUGAUUGAAGUAUUAUUUGUAUCAGUAGUGGUAUGCGUAAGCUGUGUGAAUUUGUAUAUUAGAAACUGUACCUAUAAAUUCAGUUGUACUCCUUUUCACAACCUAUAUUUGUUACAUUCUACUCUUUGUCAGAAGUUAUGAACUUUAAUCACGAAUUGUUAUAGCAAAAAAAUGUAUGUCCUGUUAUAUAAUUAAAAUAAAUAUAUAUAAGGGAUACCCCAUUGAA